GCAGUGACUGGCCUCUCUUCCUCUCUUUGCCUUUCUUUUGCCCUGUCUUCCCCAAUACCUUCACAUACGCAUACACAAAUAUGUUGGUGCGACGGACGCCUCGUGCGGUGCGGUUACAAUGGCAGCUGGCUCGGCGUAUAAGUCGACUCUCCCCAGCAGCAUACGGGACAAUAGCCACCGGCCCAACCUCGAGAACACUCCCGUCUGAACCGAGGAGGACAUGUGCUCCGUUUCAGCUCGUAAGAAGCUUCCACUCGAGCCCGAGGCUGGAGGCAGUGAAACCCGUCCUGCUGGCAGAUAUAGGCGAAGGCAUCGUCGAGUGCGAGAUCAUCCAGUGGUUUGUUGAGCCCGGCGCCCGCGUCGAGGAGUUCUCGAAGCUCUGUGAGGUCCAGAGUGACAAGGCCUCGGUCGAGAUCACCUCCCGCUUCGAGGGUGUUGUCAAGAAGCUCUACUACGAUGCCGGCGAGAUGGCCAAGGUCGGCAAGCCUUUUGUCGACAUUGACAUCCAGGGCGAUGUGAGCCAGGAGGCGCUGGACGAGCUGACGUCCUCCGGGACAGCAGAUAAUACGGCGGCUGGGGAGGCGUCUUCUGCAUCCGGCCCGCAACAGACCUUCUCGGAGCCCUCACAGGGACAGCCAAAGGGCAAGCAUGCUGCGCUUGCGACGCCGGCUGUGAGGCAUCUCUGCAAGGAGCUUAAAUUGGAUCUCCUCGAGAUUGACGGGACGGGUAGGGACGGGCGUGUGCUCAAAGAGGACAUAUACCGGUUCAUCGAGUCGAGAGACGGCGGAGGUAGCCCCGCAGCAGGAACCCCGUCUCCAUUAUCAUCGUCGUCACCACCAUCAUCGCCCGGUGCACAGGUAGAAUCCAGGCAGGCCCUGACAAAGACGCAGGAGGGCAUGUUCAAGGCCAUGACCCGCUCACUCAACAUCCCCCACUUCCUGUAUGCCGACGAGAUCGACUUCACCGAGCUGACAGCCCUGCGCAGCCGGCUGAACAAGGUCCUCGCGACAAAGCCCUCUUCCUCGGCAAUCCACGUCGUACCCAACGCGGAGGGCGUGUCGAAGCUCUCCUACCUGCCCUUCAUCAUCAAAGCCGUCUCCAUCGCCCUGCAGCAAUACCCCAUCCUCAACGCGCGCGUCGACACCACCGCCGGCGGGGGCCCCGACGCGUCCACCCCAAAACCCUCCCUCGUCUACCGGGCGCAGCACAACAUAGGCGUGGCGAUGGAUACCCCCUCGGGCCUGCUCGUGCCGGUCGUCAGGGAUGUCGCAUCGCACAGCAUCCUCACCCUCGCCGCCGAGCUCGCAAGGCUGCAGGGGCUCGCCGUGGCAGGGCGCCUCGGGCCCCAGGACAUGGCCGGCGGGACCAUCUCCGUCAGCAACAUCGGCAGCAUCGGCGGGACCUACUGCAGCCCUGUCAUCGUGGAAGGGCAGCUCGCCAUCCUCGGCGUCGGCCGCAUGCGCGACGUGCCGGACGUCGAAGAAGACGCGGGUGCCGUGGGCGGUGGGUGGAGGGUCAAGGGUGUGCGCAAGGUGUGUAACUUUAGCUGGUCGGCGGAUCACAGGGUCGUGGACGGGGCGACCAUGGCAAGGGCGGCGGGGGUGGUGAGGGCGUUGGUGGAGGAGCCGGAUGCUAUGGUUAUGCAUUUGAGAUGA